AUGCCAGUCAGUCAUCCAAAAAGCCUGUCAGCCAAACAGCCAGCCAGUCAAAAACCAGCCCAAGAGCCAGCCAGUCAGCCUGCCAAAACGCAAGCCAGCCUGCCAAAAAGAGAGACACCCAGCCCAAACUCCAGCCAGCCAGCCAAAAAGCCAGCCAGCCAGCCUCAAAGCAAGCCACCCACAAAGCCAGCCAGUCAGCCAAAAAGCCAGCCGGCCUGCCAAAAAGCCAGCUGGCCAGCCCAAACGCCAGCCAACCAAUCAGCCAAAAUGCUAGCUAGCCAGCCCAAUAGCCAGCCAGUCAGCCAAACAGCCAGCCAGCCCAAUAGCCAGCCACAUAGAGAAGAGAAGCACUCUACUCUUAACACAGAAAGGCUGAAAAGGCUAACAGAGGGAAGCGGGAUUGACUUUGCCAAAUCCCUACAGCCAGCUAGCCAGACAGCUCAAAAAGCCAGUCAGCCAAAAACCAGAAAGCCAGCCAGCCAGUCAGCCAAAACGCCAGUCAGUCAGACAUCCACAAAGCCAGCAAGCCAGCCCAAAAUCCAGCCAGCUAGCCCAAAAGCCAGCCACCAGCCAGCCAGUCAGCCAAAAAAUCAGCCAGCCAGCCCGCCAGUUGGCCAAAAAGCCAGCCAGCCACAAGGUCAGCCAACCAGUCAGCCAAAAUGUCAGCCAGCCAGCUUAAAAGCCAACCAGCCUGCCAGCCCAAAAGCCAGCCAUUCUGCCAACAAGCCAAGAAGCCAUCCAGCCAGCCAGCCAAAAAGCCAGCCAGCCAAAAAGCCAGCCAAUCACCCAGCCAAAAAUCCAGAUAGCCAGCCAGUCACCCAAAAAGCCAGCCAGCCAGCCAGCCCAAAAUCCGACCAGCCAGCCAGCCCAAAAUCCGACCAGCCAGCCAGCCAAAGAGCCGGCCAACCACAAAGCCAGCCAGCCAGCCAGUUAGCCAGCCAGCCAGUCAGCCAAAAAGCCAGCCAGCUAGCCAGCCGCAAAGCCAGCCAGCCAGAUAACCAAAAAGCCAGCCAGCGACUCAGCCAGCCAAAAAUCCGGCCAGUCAGCCAAAAAGCCAGCCAGUCAGCCAGCCAAAAAUCCAGCCAGCCAGCCCGAAAUCCAGCCACCAAGCCAAAAAAUUCCAGCCAGGCAGCCAGCCCAAAAAGCCAGCCAGCCAGCCAGUCAGCCAAAAAGCCAGACACUCAUCCAGCCAAAAAGCCAGCCAGUCAGCCAGCCAAAAAUCCAGAUAGCCAGCCAGUCACCCAAAAAGCCAGCCAGCCAAAAUGCCAGAAAGCCAGUCAGUCAAAAAGGCAGCUAGCCAGCCAGCCAGCCAAUAAGCCAGUCAGCCAGCCAGCCCGAAAUCCAGCCACCAAGCCAAAAAAUGCCAGCCAGCCAAAAAGCCGGCCAACCACAAAACCAGCCAGCCAGCCAGCCAGACAAAAAGCCAGACACUCAUCUAGCCAAAAAGACAGCCAGUCAGCCAAAAAUCCAGUCAGCCAAAAAUCCAGCCAGCCAGUCAGCCAAAAAUCCGGCCAGCCAGCCAAUCAGUCAGCCAAAAAGCCUGCCAGCCAGCCAAAAUGCCAGCCAGCCAAAAAGUCAGCUAACCAGGCAUCCAGUCAGCCAGCCAGUCAGUCAGCCAAAAAGACAGCCAGACAGCCAGCCAAAAAGCCACCAGCCAGUCAGCCAAAAAGCCAGCCACGAGCCGCAAAGCCAGCCAGUCAGCCAAAAAGCCAGCCACGAGCCGCAAAGCCAGCCAGUCAGCCAAAAAGCCAGCCAGCGACACAGCCAGUCAGCCAGCCGCAAAGCCAACCAGCAGAUAACCAAAAAUCCAGCCAGCCAAAAAGCCAGACACUCAUCCAGCCAGCCAGCCAAAAAGCCAGCCACGAGCCGCAAAGCCAGCCAGAUAACCAAAAAGCCAGCCAGCGACACAGCCAGUCAGCCAGCUGCAAAGCCAGCCAGCCAAAAAGUCAGACACUCAUCCAGCCAGGCAGCCAGCCAGCCAAAAAGCCAGCCACAAGCCGCAAAGCCAGCCAGCCAGCCAGAUAACCAAAAAGCCAGCCAGCGACACAGCCAGUCAGCCAGCUGCAAAGCCAGCCAGCCAAAAAGUCAGACACUCAGCC